GUUGAGAGUCGGCCGUUUGUUUAAAAAAUUAUUGAAGAAAGUUCGGCGUGACGGGGAGGUGGGCAAGAACCGACGGUGUACCGGCGAUGACGCCUUGUGUGUGCCUUAGUCGUUCGUCGUCGUCACACGCGUCAUCCGCCGCAUCCGGAGUGGGGAUAUUGGGGAGGGUCCCAGCUGGCGAACACCUAUAAAGAUAGAAGCUACGGAGGGUCAGAUCACACUUUGCUCCGAAAAUUUUCCGAGGAUCGAUCCUCCUCGAACCAGUGAGAGAGAGAGAGAGAGAGGGACAUUGGUCGCGAAAUCGUUUGGUGAUGAAGAUGAACAACAAGCUGGUGAUCCUGGCAUUUAUCGCCGCGUCCGCGACGGCUGUGCCCACGUCGAACGUCGACAACGCUCCACUGAACAGGGAUCUCGAUUGCUUCGAGCAAGAGAACGCGCUGUUCAGCUGUGUAUCCGUCAAGACUGUCAGCAUGCUGGACAGAGCCGCGAGGUCCAGCGAUAUCGAGAUCGUCGACGGAGUCAAGUUCGUGAGGGAAACGCCGAUGGAGCGCAAUGGAAAAGAUCUGAGGAGCGAGGUCGACAUAAUGAACGAGCUGCCGAGGGACGCGUCGGAUAGAGCCAUCAAGCUGAUGGGCAUGAUGUUCGACUCGGCCAUGUCCUUCGUCAAAUCCCACAGUUUGAAGCUGAGCAUGCCCGAGGAGGGCUCCAUAUCCCGCGCUCUGGACCAAGGUCGUGCCAAGAUAAAGAAAAUCGCGUUGCCGCUGAUCGCCGCGGCGGGAGUAAAAUUAUUCGCCCUGAUCCCGAUCGUGCUGGGAAGUCUGGGCCUCCUGGUGAUGAAAGCCCUCUUCGUGGGCAAGAUCGCCCUCCUCCUGGCCGGGGUAUUGGCAUUCCAGAGGCUGUUCGGAAGCGGCAACGGGGCGACGAGCCUCUUCAACAAGAACAAUCAACCGUCGACCGUCGGGUGGGUGGACAACAGCGGUGGGCAAGGUUGGUCGAGCAACAUCGGGACAAACGUCCAGCCUCAGGGCUACUACAGAAGCUUCAACGAUCGGGAUGGACGAGUGGAUGCCCACUCGAUGGCGUACUCGGCCCAGGCGCCGAUCACCAACGAAACCAAUUGAAAUCCGGGCAAUGUUCGAGCGAAAGAAGACGAAGGAUGACGCGAGUCUGGUGCGUUUAAGAUGCUAUCUAGAUCAAUUCUCGACUGCUAGAUUAAUAUUUAUGGAGCAAGUAAAUUAUUAACAAUCCUUUUGUACUAAUAAAUUAUUCGUAUUCAACGUUUCA